UCACGCUGCUAUUCAUUCAGCCACAUCACCCACACGCAUACUCCUGCCCAGCGUGAGCUCACAGUCUGUCUACCUUUCGCUUGAAAAUCUGCGUGUCCGUGAGAAACUGUGCUGUUGUUUCACACCUAAGGCAGAAUAUUACAAAUCUGACUGUUGUACACGUUCUUUAGUUUAGCAAGAAUCUCUCCUCCUUCCAAUGGGUCCCGGUAUAGUUAUACUUUUCUCUCUGUUCGGAGUUCUCAACGGACAAGGUGGAAAACAGAUGUCAAUAGAUGAGUGCUGUAAGGAUGGUCGGGACCGGGGCAUUGAUAACCAGGACUGCACAGCCCUCCCUCUCAUCUCCGAGUCCACCACAUGCAGGAUUGUACAGGAGCAGUGCUGCGCGACAGUACUGGAGGACUCCAUCUGCACAAACGGCAUCAACAUGGCCAAAGACCAGGGGGGCUGUGACACCCAGUUUCCUGGAAGCACCUGCGAGACCAAGACCGCAAAGAUGUGCUGUGACUGUUGUCUGCUGGGCCGGGCUGCUCAGGAGAAGGGUCUGCCCUGUGACCACAGCCUGUCUCUGGGCUACCAGUGUGGCCUGGUGUCCCGGGCCUGCUGCGAUGACGGAGCCCCCGAUGUGAAGACCAACACUCUGGUUCCUGACAAAGACAACGAGGCCCUCACUGGCAAGGAUAAUCCGUUACUGAAUGAGUGCAGUAAUGCGAAGUGUGCACAGGAAUGUGUGGGCAACGGCACCUGUGCCUGCUUCAAAGGCUACAAACUCAAACCAGAUGGGAAGAACUGUGAAGAUAUAAAUGAGUGCCUGCUGGGUGCCAGUAACUGCCGAGGAGGUGAGCGCUGCAUCAACACGCUGGGGUCAUUUCGUUGCCAAAGAGAGGUCAGCUGUGGUACCGGUUACGAGCUUACCGACAACAACAACUGCAAAGACAUUGACGAGUGUGAGUCGGGCACCCACAACUGCGCCCCGGACUUUAUGUGUCAGAACACUCAGGGGUCAUUCCGCUGUCGGCCCAAGAACCAGUGUGGUGAUGGAUACAUCCAGGAUGCCCUGGGCAGCUGCAUUGACAUCAAUGAGUGUCUGGCCCAGACUGGGCCUUGCCACCCUGGCCAGUCGUGUAUGAACACGGUGGGCUCCUUCACCUGCCAGAGGAACUCUGUCAACUGUGGCCGGGGAUACCAUCUAAACGACAACGGCAACCGCUGCGUGGAUAUCGAUGAGUGUAAAGGUCCUGAUGGAGAGUGUGCAGGCCAUGGCUGUAUCAACCUGGUAGGAUCGUUCCGUUGUGAGUGUAAGAUUGGCUUCAUCUUCAACAGCAUCAGCCGCGUCUGCGAAGAUAUCAAUGAGUGCAGGCACUACCCUGGGCGCCUCUGUGCCCACAAGUGUGAGAAUGCCGUGGGGUCCUAUAAGUGCAGCUGCACCCAAGGCUUCAAGCUGGCCAGCGACGGCAGGAACUGUGAUGAUCUAAACGAAUGUGAGAGCAGCCCUUGCAGUCAAGAGUGUGCCAACGUGUACGGCUCCUACCAGUGCUACUGUCGCCGUGGCUACCAGCUCAGUGACAGGGAUGGCAUCAACUGUGAAGACAUUGAUGAGUGUGCCUUGCCCACCGGGGGUCACAUCUGCUCCUACCGCUGCCACAACACCCCCGGGAGCUUCCACUGCAACUGCCCCGCCACCGGCUAUACUCUGGCCCCCAAUGGACGCAGCUGCCAGGAUGUUGAUGAGUGUGUGACAGGGACACACACCUGCUCUGAGACAGAGAGCUGCUUCAAUGUACAGGGUGGAUUCAGAUGCUUGUCCUUUGAGUGUCCGCCAAACUAUCGCCGAGCAGGAGAGAAUCGUUGUGAACGCUUGCUUUGCAAUCAGACUAGCGAGUGCCUGGCCUCGCCUCUGAGAAUAACCUACUACCACCUCACCUUCCCCACCAACAUCCCCGUGCCCACCAAUGUCUUCCGCAUGGGCCCGUCCAACACCGUGCCCGGAGACCAUGUUCAGAUUGCCAUCGUCGGCGGCAACAAGGGCGACUUCUUCGGCAUGCAGAGAGUGCCCUCUGGUGGCGAGAUGGCUGUGACGCGGCCCAUCACGGAGCCGCAGGACUUUGAACUGUCUCUGGAGAUGAGACUGCUGCGUUACGGCACCACCAGCACCUACCUAGCCAAAGUCCUGGUGUUUGUUGUCCAGGAGCAGCCCAUCCUACCAUAUAACGCUAUCCCUGAGUAGAGGGUAGUAGCAUAUAGCAACAAGAAUACGGCAACAACAAUGACAGCCAAAAAAGAGCAAACACUGGCAUGAUAAGCAAGCACAAACACAGUUGACAUAGACCAGAAGCAGCAUUCUGUCAUUUGUCUCCUUGUUUUUGGUCUUAUUGUAGUUUUUGUGAUUACUGUAGCUAAGUAUAGCCCUGCAAAAUAGGCCAAAUGUAAUGUACUCACUUGGAGGUACAGCAUUUGAAUAGCAGCUAGGUGGCACUCUAGGGCAGGGUAUUGAGGUAGUGGUCUGGGGAUGCCUAUUGAUUACUGUAUGUAAUGGUGUAGUCUGGAGUCCUACAGGAUCUUAUGGUUGAUUUGUUUAAUGAAAUGUUUUCUAUUAAAAUGGGACUAGACACAAUAGACGUUCAAUCAGGAUAUUUUUUUAACAUAUGUUUUGUGGACAGCACCAGAGAUCUCAUUUUUUAUUAGAAUAUUACAUAGCUGGGGGAACUAUGACCUGUAAAGCAUGUGUGCACUUCAUGUUUGGGGUAAGUUUAUGUGCUUGGUGAAAACGUAUUUUCAGUGACAUAGGUACAUCUCUUGAAUAGAACUGUGAUAUUCCAGUAGGUGAGUAUCAGUGUUUUAAAUAGCAUAGUAAAUAGCAUUUUAAACAGCAUAUUAGCACUGUCAAGUCAUAGUUGAUUUGGUGGAAGCAGUUAAUUGGUGGAUCCACAUCCUUCUAAUGUGGUCUCACAUCCUGACCUAGCCCACUUGAUAUUUUAGGAAUAAUGUGAAAUGCACAUAUUGCACUGCAUACUGCGGGUGUAAAAUCAAGCAGACAGUGACUCAAAGGCAAGCCAGAGUAAGUGACAGGCAAUGGGAUGCAGUCGUGGAAGACUAGGAAAUAUGCAAGGCACAGCGAUAGAGUAGAAAUAGCCGAAACAUGCUGUUAGGCCACUAGUCAGAGCCUGCCUGGGCUGCGGCUUACAAUAACUGUAAAUUCAACCAUGGGUCCCAGGUUCCUCCCGACCUGUCAGGGCAGUAAGGAUGCACCUGUCUAGUCGGGAAACCCAUAAAAUAAAACAUGGUGGUCUGUGCACAGCUACAGAUAUAGUAUCUUAAUUUGAUCACCCUGUUGCAGGAGAACAUUCCUGUAACUCAGGAAAUGUAAAACCUGUAGUGUAUUUGAGGUUUAAAAAGGCUUCUGAAGUUUGUAAUUUCCUCUUUGAGGUUUCAGACUUGAUUUUUCCUUGUGAAAAAUGUAUCAACCUCUUCAAAAAUGUCCAUUAAUUAUAAUCCACAAAAUAAUUCACAUUUCCUGUUGCUGCAAGAUUAGUUUCCUUCUGUAGCAAACUGGCUCAAAUGAAGAUCAUACAUCUGUAAAGCACAAUUUGUUUUUUUUCUCUACUCUGACAGUGAGUUAUGGGGAUCUGGGUUCUGGCUGGUGGUCUGAACAAUUUGUGGCGGAGCAACAUCACCGCUUGGAGAAUGAAUGAUGCCCUGCAGUGUUUGUGUUGGGGCGUUAUCAAUCUACUGACUAUAAAUAAUAAUUACCCAAAAAAUAAAAGGACUUUGCAGCG